UCAGCACCGACUCCCACGGACACUACCUGUCACACCUGCUCUCCGCCACUCACAAGCAGCGUGUUAAGAGGGAGGUGCUUGAAAACGGUGAAACUGAACAGAGGCUUUUCUUCAACAUCACUGCCUUUGGAAAGGAGUUUCACCUUCGUCUGCGGCCGAACAGCAGGCUGGUGGCGCCCGGCGCGAUGGUGGAGUGGCACGACGAGCUCCCGGGAUUCAGAAACGGCAGCGCUGGCAACGAUUCUAGCGUGGGCGCCAACCAGACUGAAUCCACCAAUGGCACGGAGAGGAUACUGCGCCGUGAGCUGCUCAAGACCGACUGCACCUUUACCGGUGACAUCACAGACGUCCCCGGGGCCUCGGUUGCCAUUAACAACUGCGAUGGGUUGGCUGGGAUGAUUCGCACCGAAUCGGAUGAGUACUUCAUCGAGCCGCUGGAGAAAGGCACUCAGGAGCUGGAGGACCAGGGCAGGGUCCACGUGGUUUACCGCAGGUCAGCUCUGCUGCAGACUCCUUUGGACAUCUCUGUGGAUUACCAGCUACAAGGUAGGAGGCACAACCCGGAUGGUUCCUGCUGUAUUCUUAUCAACUAA